ACUUUCUUUGGUACGAAAAGUACGAGUACCGUACUUYCGAGAAGUACUUUUCGUGCAUCCACUCCGCACGAUACGGUAGUAGCACGGCAUUUCUCCGCCAACAACGCCAGUCCUUGUUCCGAGCUCUGCGGCACGAUGAUAAUCCUUCCCGUGGUCAAUGCUGUCGCUGUUGCUGCCUCGGCAGCGUGCACGGGCAACGGGUGUCUGAACGGCGUGGCAAGCACGGCAGCAAUCGCUGCUCCGGCCGCUCUGUCGGCGGAAGCUGCGACCACGACGGUCUCUCUGUCCACGCUCGGUGUGUUGCACRCCGUUCGGGGAGGAGCCACCGAUGCGGCUAUCAAUUUCUCGCGGGAAAGUCUGGCCCUGCAGGGGCUGUCUACCUACGGAACAAUAUCGGCAUUGGUAAUGAAUGCCUCGUUGCGACUGUAAGAAGCACGCRAACUUUACAUCCAUCGGAGCUACUACUGCUGGCUCUCCGAAGUGCGYUUGAAACGGUCAUCGGCUUACUAAUUUKCCUCCUGUUGUCUUUCGACCUCGCAGCUUUACGUCGACCAACUUCAGGAAGGAGCAAACCAAGGUUGUGAGCAAUACGUUCUACACUUCGACGGCGCUGUGCAUAAUGUCCGGGGCUUUCACAGCCAUUCUCUUUCAGCUUUUGAUCAUCUAUUCGAAGAGCGCUCUGGGAAUGUCCAACGACGACGGUUACCGGGCCUUCAAGGMAGUYACAMGAGGGUAUCGCAUUUUGGGAUUUCGAUGCUUCCUUCUGGAAAUGAUCUCUUUUGUGGUUGCUUUCACSGCAMGACUAUACAAUACCCUUUGGRUCGAUGCCCUCGUUCAUCGCGAAACAAACGACAAAUCGAAACCCACUUUGUCGUUACCCAAAAAAAUUAUCUUCGGUGGGUCGGUGCUCUUGAUUCUUGCCGGAGUUUAUAACAUCCAUUCCGUGUUGAGCCUGGCAACAAACACUAUUUUCUGCCAGGAGACAAAGUCUUGUAUUUGAUCAGUUCUACAAUGAGGUUUGCCAGAGGCAGCCGGUCGGAUACGAAUCGAGUCGAAACUAGGUUUAAAGACGAGAAAGCCGAUAUAAUGCCGUUGAUUGUAUCUGAGGUGCCUUUAUUCUUCAUUCUUUGGGGUACUUAUUUCCCUGUUUUAAUCCUGAAUGUAACUCGUGUUCAGAUUCCGAUAAGAUGCGCACGGAAUCAGUUCGAUACCGAGCUGGUCUACCUGGUUGUCCACCGUAUCGCUGUUUUCGUUUCCAUCAUUCGCCAUGCCUCUGAAAUGAAUUGCAUUUCGAUUGGAUUUUUCGCUACAACGGUCGCAACCAGUUGAUGUAUUGUUGGYGGGGACCAUCACUGAUCUAUGAUGAUAGUGCAAAUGAUUGCGUUUCCAAUACUGGGCUAGGAGUUCUUGUGACUUCACAAGCAGGUGCCCGCUUUUCUGUAUCGAUUGCCGAACGAAGAUAUGGCUAUMGCGAUACCAAACAUCUGCUUUGUGUUGUGCCAGUUUCCAAAGUGCAAGCUUCCAUUGCUGCGUCAAGUUUCGGGUGGUUGCCKUCAUAACUUUAGAAUGGUCAAAGUCAAUUUCUUCGUUUCCAAAGCAAUACCAAGAGCAAAGUGGCCCAUCAAGUYCCCCCUCUCGAGUCGCAUCAACCAGGCACGUCCUCUGCUUGAUUUGGGCACGUUUUGCCGCUAAAAGAUCAUGGGCAGAGACCAUUAGCGUGUUUGAACCCCGGGAACGUUCGGAAGCUGAACGCGCUGGGACGAUCAGCUUCCCCGCAAUAUGGUUAUCGCUAAAUUCACUAUCGCCACCAAUGCCCUURUUCUGUGCCGAUAUUGGUUCGUCUGCAUCCAGAGAAAUGCACGAACCAGGCAGGAUCAAGCGAUUACCCGAUGCGUCUACCACCGUUUCCGACACCCAAUCAAACGAGCUGUAAAUU